AUUAGCAAGUUAAUAUUAAAUUCAGACACUACUCGGUGUAUAUUAGAUGAGCUUAAUUAUUUAUGACACGUACAAAGUAAAGAGCACACGAUGUGUUGCCAUUUACAGCACUUGUAUGCCACUCGUUCACGUCAAUGAAUACGUUACUGCCAUGGUAACACAGUCGUUGCGUUGUACAUCUGAUUACAGGAUGUGAUGGCAUGCUGAAGAAUUUUGUAAAAAUAAAAACGGGAUAGGCUAAUCAAAAACUUCAUUAAUGGAGAUGAGAGCACCACCACCGAAUAACCGAAGUAGGCCUAGGUCCGUGAUGACCAACCGUGGUAAUCCGGCAGAGUCAUCAGCUGAACGCAAUCGAACUCGAAGUUCACCGUCACACAGGAAGAUUCAAUCCAUCAUUGGUCAAUCACCUAAAUCCACGCAAUCCAUCGAAUCAACUGUCGUUCGCCAUUCUGCCCAGUCUUGGAAGGACAGAUCCCGACCCAAGACGGGAUGGGCUAGGGUACAGUGGGUACACCUGUCAUCCCAGUACGGGAACCGUCUCCCUAGGGAGGAACUUAAGAGGUUAGCGGCAGAGAGAUGGGAGUCUUGGAGGAGACAUAUGCGGAACCAACUUAAGCAUGGCAGCAAUCUAGACAAACAGGAAUCUCGCCAAACGUCCUCCUCAAAAUUAUCACAUUUGUCGCCUCGAGCGCGGUUCCUCCGUGCCGCCAGGCAGGUCAAGAUGUUAUGCGCGGUCCAGAUAAGCUUGAACCGGUAUGCCACGGAGGCUGGGAAGGGUACCUUCGGGGCUACCCUCCCCGACCUAGUCGCUAGCUUGUCGGCUGCCCCAAGCGUGGUCUACGUGCCUUCUACUAAGGAGAAACUCACCUUUAAUGCCGGUGCAUUCAAGAGCAAUUAUGAGUUCACCUGGCCGAAAAAGGCCAAAGAGGCAGUGGCCAAGCGGCCAGAGGAACGGACCGAAAGUGAUGUCCAGUUGAUUGGCGGGUUGAUGAGGGGAUUACAUAGUUUUAGGAAGUACUCGCGAGCACACCAACAGCUUAUAGCCAGAGUGGUACGCCUCCAAAAAUACGGCCGGAGGAGAGUGGUUGUCCGCAAAGGCCACUUGGGUUAUGCCUUCUACUUCAUCUUUGCUGGCGCGGCCUGCGUCACUCUGGAUGAGGAUGAGGAAAGUGCGUUUGUCAAGAAGGAAGUGACGAUCCUCAGGAAAGGGGCUUGCUUUGGGGAAAUAGCCUUGAUGAAAGACACUCGCCGAAAGGCCACCAUCGUCUGUCUGCAAGACACCGAGUUCCUGGUGGUGGAUCGGGAUGAUUUUUUUGAACAGGGGCUUCACCAGCACAUCCAAGCUGAGUUUGAGUACAAGUUUAACUUCUUCAGGAGGUUGGAGUUAUUUUCUAGCUGGCCUGAUGACAAAUUGGAGGAAGUGAGUGACAUGGCGCGCAUUGAGGAGUACAAUCAUGACUCUGUCAUCGUCAAGGAUUCCAGGGAAUUACACUGGCUUCUCUUUGUCACCAAGGGUCGCUGUGAUGUGCUCAAGUUGGUGGACCUUGCCAAGGUGUCUGUAGCUAGGAAUGAGGACGACCCACAGGGUCAGAAGAAGCAUGGGGGGACCUCACUGCUGAGUGGGGACUAUCCACUGAGUCUGCUCCCAGAGGGUCAUAGGACCCCCUUCCCCUGGCUGACACCCCACAAACUGCCUGUCAAUACUAGGCCUAAAACAACAGGUCAGAUAAAUUGCAAGUCCAAGGAAAAGAUUGCAGUCGAAGGUGAGCUAAAUCAGAGACGGAGCAAGAGUGCUGGUGUGAGGUACACCGAGGAUGUGUCAGACUUGGACAUUCCAUCCGAGUCAUACUCCAGAUCAACCAUGACCAGUGGCUUGUCUAUGCACAAACGCAGAUCCUCUGAUCCCGGUACUCCUCAUAAACUUCCAAGUCAUAUCAGUCUGGGCAUUGCUACUAUGAAAGGUGAUGGUGUAGAGGCUGGAGUGUACAUCAGGGUGGAUUCACUCAGGCCAGGACAGUGUUUUGGUCUGGAAGGAAUCUCAGGAGAGAUGCCCCAGUUCUCCCUCUUGAGUCUUGGCUGUGAGUUAGUUCGUGUCUCCAUAUCCAAAUUCCAUGAGCACGCCUGUGAGGAGACACUAGAUCGGGUCAAGGAGCUCAUCCCUACCUAUCCAAGUGACCACUUCCUCUGGACAAGCUUCAAGAAGCAAAACCGCUGGACCAACUUCAAGAAUGACGUGGUGCAUGACGUGAUGGAUGAUGCCUUCGCGCAGAGUGCGCCAAACACCUUUGCUAGGGACUUGCGCUCCACUCUAGGACGAACUCCUGAGCCAAAUCAUCCAAAUCAGAGGUGGCGAGGAGUCAGUCUGGGCAGUAGCUUUGCCAGCAACAUCAUGCCAAAGAUUUCCAGCAUAACAAAUACUUGGGUGGAUGAAAAGAGCUCGCCAAGAAGUAAGAGCAGAGAUGGUGAAAUAUCUAGGACCAGUUAUUCUACCAGCCGGCCAGUGUCUUGCCAACAACCACGUAGUCGUCCUACGACAACACGUCACGACGCCCGAAGUGAACGCCUCUCGGCUUUUGUCACUGAGCACUGUUCUGUCCGUGUCACAACAGCAAGCCCUCAAAAACCACAAAGAACACGCACAGCAAGGGCGACUCCCUCCCCAACAAAGACAUACAAAAUGCCAGAGAUUGAUAAACUCACAAAACCAACCUACACAGGAAGUCUUUCAUGGCGAGCACUGGCCAAAUCAUAAUUGGCUUUGUCUGACAGAAAGACCCUUAACAUCACUAAUGGGGAUAAUGCUUGUAAGUACAGGGCCUACUCACGCUGAGGAUGAGUCAGGGCUACGAAGAUGAAUUUGGCAUCAUCGCUAUAAUGGAUACUUGAAGGAGAGAAAUAGGAAUUGUCUUGAGAUUGUAUGACAGUUGGUCUAUCUGCUUAUGUUUGCAGUGACAAAUCGUUAAGUAUUUAGGACAGACCAUGAGCUGGAGCAUUAACAAAUGAAAGCAAGGAUCGACAGAUGUUUGAAAAUGGUGCUUUUCUCAUAUGACUACUGCAAGGGAUAAGGGCAAGGAUGGUAUUUGCAGCCCCUCCCCCCCAAAAAAACUGGCCUCGUUUUAAAAUUGGUAUCCUGUUUAUUUGCUAAUUAUUUUAGUACAAUGUCUCUUUGAAGCACAGUCUAUCUUUCUUAGGGAAAAUUACUUUCCCUGUGUUACAUUUUUCUGAUUUCAACGACAACCCAGAUGAUAGGCCUCAUAA